AUGGACCAAAUUUUUUCAGUGGAAAACUUUGAUUCCAAUGGUGAUUUUACUGCUCCCUCGUUCAAUGAGAUUAACUGGGAGGACCCAGCACUCUACACUAUGCCGCUUACAAGCGAGGAACUAGCUACACUUACCAAGGACACGCCCACCAACUUGCCACUCCUUCCAGGGUUCAUCGCCCAUUCCUCACUCCCUGACCCUCCCACUCGCACACCAUCACCCCACCCGUCUGAAGCCUUGACCCCUAAUCAAAGUGCCAACUGUGCAGGGCCACUGCGUGAGGGGAAUUCAUCCACCUGGGCAGCGCACAAUCCCACGCGACCUAUCAAGAGGGACCAGAAGAGGGAGGCGACAAAAAGCUUACAUGAUGGUAUCUCUGAGUACCUCGACGAGCAGAGGGUGAAAAUAGAGGUGCUCGCCCGAACUCACAAUGUCACCCCAAAGCACAUCAAUGACAUCAUCAGCGUCCACACGAAUUACCACAACUCCCACAAGCCCCGGUUGAUCAACGCGCUUAUUCAUGCGAAGGCAAAGGAACUAAAUGCCAAUAAACCUGCAGGGUCCCGUUACACGCUGGCUGAGCUCCGUGAAAUGGUCACAAAUGACCCUCAAAUGAACAAAUUGACAGAAGAAGAAAAGGCCUCUUACAUAGAGGCCCUCAAUGAGCAUCGCGACAAGAAGGCACUUGGUGUUCGUGCGAAUAAUUCCGCAGCUGUGCGAGAUGUGGUAGCCACAACAGAAAGACUCGUGAAAGAGCUGGAUGACCUACGUGUUCGGACUGGCAUCUAUGCGACAUUAUUUGUCGUUCGUGGUCACAUCAACGACAUGAUCCAAAGCACCAUGCAUGGCACCGACAAUACGGAAGACCUUUGGGAGGACGUUUACGAGCAUCCGAUGGCAGAUUUUCUGCGUCAAUAUGAACAAUGGGCAUGCACACAGGAUCAGAAUCUCAACGAGCGUGAGUCUUUGGAGGCAAUGCGAAAGCAAGUGCGUAAAAUGAUCUUCCGUGGGUUAUUUGCAGUGACUGGUAAAAAGGAUAUUGCUAUGAACUACCAUAACUACGAAACCGCAAUCGUCGAGACUUAUGGAGUGCGCCUUGUAGGAUGGCCCCACGGGGUCAACUUCAUUAGUCCUUCGAACAUUGGAACAGUUGGCGACAUUCGGAAGCUUCGAGAUGCACUCAAGAGUCGUAUCUGCUACUGGACAGUUCUCUCACCAGCAGAACUUAAAUCCCACGCAGCUGAACUCAACACGCGCCGUUUAGCUGGCGAAAUUGUUCGCAAGCCACGCAAGAAGCGUUCGGACUCUGGAGUGCCUCGAAAGCGCAAGGCACUGGCUACCGCAGGACAGGCUGGCCAGGAAAAUCAGAGGGUGUCGAAGAAGGCGAAAAGAACCGCUCCACAGCUUCGCCAAGCCCCCAAGAGCUCUGAAGUUGUUGAGUCAUCUGAUGGACUUGAAGAUGAGUAAUAGUACUGUUCCAAUGCUGUAGUCUAGUUUAUGGACAUAAAUGUAUUCCCUACGUACUAAAAUCAUCACUGGUGCAUGUGUCGUCGAAAUGCGGUGUCGAUCCCAUUACUUGAACGUGAGACAUGCGAGCUCGACGUUUCAUAUAUUAUUAGCCGACGCUGGGAACACGUCACGUCAUUUGCCGAUAUGCCGGCGGC